GUGGCGGUCCUGGCAGCUGAGGCAGCGGCCCAACUCCAGCGGCGGCUGUGGGGAUCCCACGGGGUCCCCGGGAAGGGCUGCAAGUUGACAGAUGUGCAUGGGGAGGUGCCUGGUCGGCCUCACCUUUUGUACCUGCUAUCUGGCUUUUUACCUCACGAACAAGUAUGUCCUGUCUGUCUUGAAAUUUACCUACCCUACAUUGUUCCAAGGGUGGCAGACAUUAAUCGGUGGACUUUUGCUUCAUGUAUCAUGGAAACUGGGCUGGGCUGAGAUCAGCAGCAGUUCAAGAUCUGAUGUUUUGACAUGGCUUCCUGCAUCAGUGCUGUUUGUGGGUAUGAUCUAUGCUGGUUCCAGAGCUUUGUCCAAACUGGCCAUUCCUGUGUUUCUCACUUUGCAUAAUGUAGCUGAAGUUAUCAUCUGUGGGCACCAGAAGUGUUUUCAGAAAGAGAAAACUUCUCCUGCAAAGAUCUGUAGUGUCCUCUUCCUCCUGGCCGCUGCAGGAUGCCUUCCCUUCAAUGACUCCCAGUUUGAUCCAGAUGGAUAUUUCUGGGCCAUAAUUCACUUAUUCUGUGUAGGGGCUUAUAAAAUACUACAGAAGUCCCAGAAACCCAAUACAUUAAGUGACAUUGACCAGCAGUACUUAAAUUAUAUAUUCAGUGUGGUGCUCCUGGCAUUUGCAUCUCAUCCCACAGGUGAUCUCUUCAGCGUCCUGGACUUUCCGUUCCUGUAUUUCUACAGAUUCCAUGGCAGCUGCUGUGCCAGUGGAUUUUUAGGAUUCUUUCUCAUGUUCAGCACAGUGAAGCUAAAAAGCCUAAUGGCCCCCGGUCAGUGUGCAGCCUGGAUUUUCUUUGCUAAGGUGAUCACAGCUGGUUUAUCAAUAUUGCUGUUUGAUACGAUCCUGACCAGCGCAACUGUGGGAUGCCUCCUGCUCGGUGGACUUGGAGAAGCCUUGCUGGUUUUCUCAGAGCGGAAGGGAGUCUAAAGGCGACCGCAGAGAAAGGAGACUCACUGGCCACCAGCCGGAGAACACAGCAAGGAUGAUGUGACCACCGCUUCUCACUGCAUCAAGGAGAACUCUUUCUGGGGGUCUCUGGGCCUCUGCAGAGAACGGACGGCGUUGUGUCUUCCCACUUAGAGAGGCUCACUGGAGGCCCGCUGACGAUGCUGUCCUCGCUUGUGCAGACACAGAUGCGGGAUUCCCCCUAUGUGGUGGGGAUGGCCCUGCCUUGCCUGACACGCAGACCUCCUUAUUAAACACGCUUCCCCAAACGCUCCGCUUCCACUCCAUGGUAGCGGGCCCAAGGUAUUUUGUUGCAUUUUUGGUUUUGUUUUGUGUUUUUACAUUUUUUGGAGACUCCUGGGGACGUCUUUUCCUUGCUCUCACGCUGGCUUAUCUAGAGCCCUCACUUACCCGCUUACGAGCAUAGAGAGAAUUCCUUGAGAGGGCUUUCACUCGGCCCGGGGGCAGAGAUGGGGGUUGCAGGUGGCCCUGGGCCAAGGAAGAAGCUAGCAAGAACACUAUUACUCCAGAGCGAGUGCUGAGGCCUUUGUGGUUGUGUGUUGUGUUGUAUUGAAUUCUGCACACUUUUUUGUUCACCAUUGGGUUAACUUGGUACUAAAUGAUCGGAGGGUUUAUAAGCACUGAUAGAUAUCCUCCCUGGGCAGGUGAAAAAAAGAAACAAACAUAUAACAUAUGGAUACAGACAAAUUUAUAUUCAUAUUCCUUAAAGCUUUUAAUCUAUUUAAUUCCCAGUCUCUCAGAGGAAGUUUCAAGUCGUUGAAUGCUGAAGUAUUUUUUCAGACCAGAUUAAAACUGGAUUAAAACUCUAAACCUUGCCUCUAUGGGAAUCAAAAGAAGCGAAUUAGCAUGAAAUGGUUAUUUGAUUCUGAACCCACAAUGAAGGUUUAAGAAAAUUAUGUCUAACUCUAAAUAUUUCUGCUUGGAACAGGUUUUUUGAAUACCUCAUUACUCUGCCAGGUGUCAAUUUUGGUCUUUUGAGAUAUGGAAAGUAAUGAAGUCCAGCGAGUCUUCUCCAGGCAGGAAGCCAGGCCCUGCAGUGUUGGACACCUACCACCUACCUCACUGAUGUUCUGAGAACCCCCCUCAGCACCUGGAGUGAGCCUUGUCCAUUCUCAGCCCUGUGAAGAAUAGGGUCAGUGCCCAUCCUUUCUGCAUGUUUUUUCCCAACAUGUUGAAAAAAGAAAAAGAAAAGGAAACAAAUAGAAAUGGAUAUGGUUGUUUAGGACUCCAGCACCUUAAAUUUAUUUCUUGUCUUUUCCUGGUCUCUGCUUGCCAUUUAAAGUAAAGAUGUUCAGAGUAGCCUUUACACAUAGUUUUAAUUUGCUCUUGUUCUUCAUCUGGGAUAUCAAACUUUCUUCAGACUGAAGACCAAAUAGAAAAUCUGAGUUUAGAACUUUCCUUAUUUAUUUAUUUAUUUUUGCUCCCACAAAACUUUCUCUGGACAGCUGGAGCCAGUUCUUUUCCAUUUGAGGAAAGUGGCAUCUGUCCAAAUGACAUCUUAUGCCUGUAUUUCCAAGUGCCAUUUAUGCAAAUAGAGAUUCCUAAGGCUGGAAAGAACUAAGCGCAGUUCAAGACUAGUUGCCUGUUUCCAGCAAGACUGACCUCAAACACUUUGGCUGAAAAGUUUUAGAUUUUUUUUUUUUUUUGAUUAAGAAUCUCUAGCAAGGGUUUUUUGUUUUUGUUUGUUUGAUUUUUAAAAUUCGUAUUCCAGAGUCUCGUUUUUAAAAUCUCAGAUUUCUUACUUCGACACCAGCAAGAGGCAGAGGAUAAGGUGUUUCUUUAGUAUACAAUCCUGUUUCCUUCAGCUUCUAUCUCAGGCUUUUUUCUUCAAGCUUCAGCCACUACGUUUUAUGCCCAAGUUCACAUGCUCAGCUUUGAAUGCAGGGUGAGCCCAAAGGCCUAUAAAACUAGGGGCUGGCCCAGGUCAUUGCAGCUCCUUAACCCUCAUUUUCUGUGGCUCUCUGGGCCCAGUGCCCCUGGACGGGAACUCUCCAGGAAACCCCAGUACUCAUUUUUACCCAGAAUGAUCCAUUUGGUCAUGUCCUGUCUGGGUCCUGAUUACCUUAGGCCCUGCUGGCCACAAGUCAAAACCAGGGUGUUUUCUUUUUUUUCAUUUGUACAAAUAAAGAAUAUUCUUUCUGUCAAGACAAGCCAGGUUCUGUAUGAUUGUAUAUUAUUACGAAUCUGCUAUGGAUAUAAAGAAAAAGAAACCA